AGUAUGUGCUUUCGCGGUUUAACCUUAUCUGGUACACGGUGUGCCACACUAAAUGUGGCUGACCUCUUUUGGACCAAUCUCAAUCUGAAGAUACCUGAGUAUGGGGUUUUCAUGGCAUGACGAGAGACGCGUUUGCUACGAACAACGGAUUGUGGGCUUUUGAACUUCUUCGUAGCUUAUGGCCUGUGGGCAGAUUUACACAUCAAAAUGUCGCAUCAAGAAAAUGACGAAAGCAUGGAUGGAGUUGAGAUGACCGGAAUAGCCACCGACAUACCCCCUUUGAGCGAGCAAGAGAAACGCAUUUUGGAAGUGUACGAUAAAUUGGAAGAACUUCAAGUCGAAAUCGCUCUCUUGAAAGCUCAAGGUGUUAUAUCUUCAGAAGAGCAAGAAGAAGAAAUCACCGACGAAGUUAUUCAGAAGGCAGAGAAAGACCUUCUUGAAUCAAAAGCCAACUAUUCAUUACAGUCAAAGAUUAUUGAGAAUGUGGUUAUUGCCAAUCCUAUACUGAAGGCAGUUCAUGCUGGCAGCAAUGCUUCGAUUAUGGAGCAGGACCUCCUACCACUCAUCGAAAAACGUGAUGCUAUGUCUGAAACCCUAGCUCAGAUAUCUAACCAAAUCCAAUCAUCAAGAGAAGAGUUGAUGAGAGAGUCCAACGAGAACAUUGUCACGGGGAGGAAGAACAUCGAAUUGGCGACAGAAAUGUUGGCUCUAGCUGAAGAGGCGAAUAGUCAGGGCAAAGAAAACAUACAAGAUCCAGAUGUUCGUGCACAGUUGGAUGAAUUGGAAGGGGCGAUGAAGAAUAGUAGACAGAGAUGGAGGAUCAUGAAGAAUACUGCCAGUGCUGUGAUAGUGGGUAGUGGUAUUGAUUGGGCGAGAGAUCCUAAGUUGUUAGCACUCGUCCUUGAUGAUGAUGGGGAUCAAUGAUGAGGUAGAGCUUAGACAUUGUUAUCUAGUAUCGACCACGAUGCCACAAGUAUGAAUCCGAAUCCCAUUGGGAGGAGAUUUUCGUUCCAAGAGGCGAAUCUUGUUCCCAUCUAUCAGAAAGGCAGUUUUAGUGUCGUCAGCUUCCACGCGCGUUCCAGAAAUUGAUUUAUCAUCUCAACUUUCCAUGUGGGAUGUAUUCA